AUGAAGGAAAUCAGGAAGCAAGUCGACCUCUUUGUACAGAUCAUCAAGACGUCAAACCUGCUCUCCCAGCACGCCAACUUGAAGGUACGGCGCGCCGCACACGAAGCUGUCGAGCUCGAUGCGCGCGCUUCAAGUGCGGUCAUGGGCGAUGAUGCGGUGCCCUCGGCUGCCUGGUCAGGACAUGUCGACUCGAUUUCGAGAGAAGUGUGCCGGAAGGAGGUGUUUCCGGACAUUCAGCCGCCCCUUGACUGGAAACUGGCCGGAACCGAGAGAAACUGCCCCCUUCCCAUCAAUCACACAACCGCAAAAACAGCAGCAGACUGGGCUCCUUGGUCUAAUCAACCCACGUGCUUCCAGCCAGUGCACAAACCAAACGCCACAGACCCCUACUGCCUCUACACGCACCCGACCUUUCGCAGCCAUGGCAUCAGUGUCAUCACCACCCCUGGCCUGGCCGCCGGACUGACAACAGCCCUGGAGGACAGCGUCGUGCCCCGACACCAGCGGGACCAUCCGUCAAGCCCAAUGGCGCAGCAGAGCAGCACCGGCGACCUGCCCUACGAGAUCCGCGACUUGCCGGGCCGGGGCAAAGGGGUCGUGGCGACGAGGCCCAUCAGGCGGUGGGAGACGGUCAUGGUGCAGUUCCCGUCGCUGGUGUUGCUGAUGGAUUACUGGGAGGCGGUGGAGAGCCCAAAGCAAUCCAGGAGACUGUUGAACAGGGCGUUGAGGCAGCUCCCGGUACAGGAAAAGGGGCGCAUCAUGGCACUGGCAAGGAAUGGGGGAUUCGAGAGCCAGAUUGAGGAUGUUUUGCGGACAAAUAUCUUUGGGAUGGACGUGGCUGGUGUUUUGCACAUGGGGUUGUUUGUCGAAGGGUCGAGAAUAAAUCACAACUGCCAGCCAAAUGUGUACUGGAAAUACGACACAGAAACAAUGGCACAGGAGGUGGUGGCCCUCCGAGACAUAGAACAAGGGGAAGAGCUCACCCACAGCUGUAAGGAAUCCCCUCCUCUGCACAAACAGGUCACCGCCCUGACAACCACCCAAGACGUCACCCUAGGCGGCUCCAGGAGCCAAAGACGCGAAGAGCUAGAGGCGUGGGGUUUUGAAUGCAGAUGUGCCCUCUGCUCCGCACCCCCUCAAGAAGUCGAAGUCUCCGACAAGAGACGCGAGAAGCUCAACGACCUGGGCAUCAAACUGAGGCUGGCCAAAGACCUGAGGCCGAAGAGCGUCGCCCGGCUGGUGGACGAGAUGGGGGCGCUGAUCGAGCAGGAGCAGUUAUACCCGCAGGCGGUCGUCUACUACACGCUGGCCGCCCGGGCUUUCCUCGCGGCGGGCGACAGGGCCAGGGCGAGGGAUUUUGUGAGGCUGGCAGAGGAGGCCUGGGUGCUGUUCCAGGGCGAGCAGCACGAGAAUGCCGAGGGCAUCCAGCAGCUGUGGGAAGAGGUUGGGGGAAAGCAGUGA